AUGGCCAUGAAUAUUGCGACGAAUAGAAUGUUUCAUUUUGCCCUACGAGCGCUACAGCUCACCUUUGCCAUCAUCAUCAUGGGAGCAGACGGCUACGCCAUUCAUAUAUUCAAGGGCCACACUGUCUACGAACACUUUGAGUUUGGCAACUUCUACGAUUAUAUGGGCGUCCCAGAUGCGUGGGGCUUCCUAAUGUUCUGUGCUGGGUGGACAAUUCUGGACGUCAUCUUUGUGUGUAUUGCUGGAAUCGGUCAUACAUUGAUUGGCUACAUUAGCAUUGCUGCUGAAGUGGUGUCGGUCCUCUCGUGGCUCGCUGGAUGGAUAGCUAUGGCUGUCAACAUAGGCAGCAAUCAAUGUCCAGAGGAAGAGCACGGCUGUGGAGCGCUCGAGGUGGCUACGACCUUUGGAGCUUUGGAAUUCUUAUUAUUCGUGAUUACCACGGCCCUUACUGUUCAGCUCAUCUUCAAGAACACUCGUCGGCAAGAGUCUUCUACGAUCAGCUCCACUCUGUCUAAAUAA